GUGUUCAGUGGUUUGAGACAGAAAAUGUCGUCAAAAAGUGAAACUUUGCUCAAGUUCAUGCUGUGAUUCCAGGAUGAGGAGACAGUAGAAACAGGAACAAGAAUUCAAAGAAAAACAGGAGACUGUCCUGUGGUGUGAAUUACUGUCGGUGGUCCAUAAUUUAACAGGUAAGUGUAAAGAAUAAAAACACAUUUGCGUUAAAUAUAAAAAGCGGUGUUCCAUGUAACCAGUGCUCCGCUGUGUGUCGUCUUAUCUCGGAUUGGGGGCUCUGGCACAAACGGAUGUUACUUUUGGUUAAAAGCAGCGUCUUUGACCCAAAGUCACCCAGGUUGCUGACACGCACACGCACACACACGCACACGCACGCACACAAAGACACCCUCUUUUACACACGCGGUGUGAAAAAGCACCAGUCUGGGCCAACAUUAACACGGCAGCAGCAGCAGCAGCAGCAGCAGCCUCUCUCCAGCCCGGACUGUCCGCUGCUCUCCCCGCGCACUGCGCUGACUCUGCAGAAGAAAUCACUGGGGGAGUGAGAGGACGGCGUUUGUUGCGUUUUCCUAUAGGUAGAAGAAGCAGUUACAGCCCCGGCUUCUGGAUGUCAGCUUCCCCUGCUGUCUCUCUUCCAGGUUUGAGUGUUUGCCUUGGGGAAAAAGGAGAGGGGACAGUGUCGUGAUCGUGCGUCUCUUCUCUGCGCGCUGCCAAGACGCCUUGACGCGCGUAUCGCUCGGCGAAGCAGUUGAAACACAGCGAUUCUCCGCAUCUUAAAGUACAGACUUUUUUGUCCUUGCGCAUAAAAGUGUCACAGACGGCGGCGAUACUUCGGAGAGAGGAAACGCUCCGCGCAAACCGUCCCAGACAGCGUGUGGCACUGAAGAGGAGAAAGUUCCCCACUUGAGGGCGAAAUCAGACUUUUUUGAGGACGAGAAGUUUGAAAAGUGCCAGGAGCCCCGGGGUCUGAGAGAUACAACAUGCAGCAAUGUCCAAAGAGGCAGGGUUGGAUGUGAGAGGCAGUGAGUGCAGCGACACAGUCCCGCCAGAGCCCAGCACGGACCCAGAGCUGCCUAGGUCACCUCCGGACACCGCUGACAGACCCAAAGGCUCGGCUGUCAUCCUCCAGAGCAUCCACAGCAGCAGCAGCAGCAGCAGCAGCAGCCGCAGCAGCAGCAGUGGUCUGGGUGGCAUUAGCAUCAUUAGGAGCAGCGCUGAGGGAGCAGGCGAAAGCUCCAUGCAGUUCAGCACAAGACCUCCAAGUGCUGAGCAGCCAGGCUUCAUGGGGACAUGGCAGCAGCAGAGCACUGACAGCAACCUCCUCUACAGAAUGUCCCAGCAGGCAAUUCGUUGCACACUGGUGAACUGCACGUGCGAGUGUUUUCAGCCGGGGAAGAUCCAGUUGCGAACAUGUGACCAGUGUAAACAUGGCUGGGUCGCUCACGCAUUGGACAAGCUCAGCACCCAGCACCUCUACCACCCGACCCAGGUGGAGAUCGUUCAGUCCAACGUGGUGUUCGACAUCAGCAGCCUGAUGCUGUACGGCACGCAGGCCGUUCCCGUGCGGCUGAAGAUCCUCCUCGACCGCCUCUUCUCUGUGCUCAAACAAGAGGAGGUGCUGCACAUCCUGCACGGCCUGGGCUGGACUCUGAGAGACUACGUCAGAGGCUACAUACUUCAGGACACUGCAGGCAAGGUGUUAGACCGAUGGAACAUCAUGUCUCGAGAAGAAGAGAUCAUCACAUUGCAGCAGUUCUUACGCUUUGGUGAGACCAAAUCCAUAGUGGAGUUGAUGGCCAUUCAAGAGAAAGAAGGUCAGGCCGUAACAGUUCCCUCUGCAAAGACAGACUCCGGCAUUAGGACAUUUAUCGAAAGCAACAACAGAACCCGCAGCCCAGGACUCCUGACACAUCUAGAAAACAGUAGCCCAUCAAGUAUUCAUCAUUUCGAGAAUAUCCCUAACAGCUUAGCCUUCCUCCUGCCCUUCCAAUACAUAAACCCAGUCUCCGCACCGAUGCUUGGUUUGCCCCCUAACGGUCUUCCAAUGGAACAUUCUGCCCUUCGGCUACGGGAGCCCAGCCUGCCAAACCAAGGGGACCAGGUAGAAACCAGUGAGUCUGAAGUAUCCCUCUCACCCUUUCGCACUGGUCAGAGUCCAAGCCGUGGAACACUGGGUGCCAUGGCAAACAACAUUGAACCUAAAACAGAGCCCAACAAUCGGGCAUCGCCUAUCUCACCAACCCAUUCCACCCAGCAAGCUCAGCAGCAGCAGCAACAGCAGACGCAGAUUCAGCAGCAACAAGGCCAACAGCAAACACAAAACCAUUCUCCCCAAACCAACAGCUUGAGUGAAAACCAGGUCCACCACCACUUUGUGAAGGACGAGCAGUCAAAAACAAUCAGCCAUCAGUCCUUUUCCUCAAAAAUGCAUCGCAUGCGCCGCAUGGGGGCCAAUUCCCGCAAGGGCCGCGUGUGUUGUACGUCUUGUGGCAAAACAUUCUAUGACAAAGGAACACUAAAGAUACACUUUAAUGCUGUACACUUGAAGAUUAAACAUCGUUGCACCAUCGAAGGUUGCAACAUGGUCUUCAGUUCUCUUCGCAGCCGUAAUCGUCACAGUGCCAAUCCCAAUCCGAGGCUGCAUAUGCCAAUGCUGCGCAAUAAUCGCGACAAAGACCUCAUCCGUGCCACUUCAAACAGUGGCACACCUGUCAUUUCAAGCACCAAAAACGGUUGCUUUACACUCACCAGCCCUGGGCGGCCACCACUUGGUUUUACUACUCCACCAGUAGACCCUAUGCUUCAUUCACCCCUUCAAAGCCCACUGGUGUUCCCUUCUCUAAAAUCAGUCCAACCUGUUCAGCCAGUACCACCAUUCUACCGAACACUCCUGUCCCCUGCUGACCUCGUCAGUCCUCCAGUGUCACUGCCUACCAGUCCUAUUCUGCCCACCACCACUAAUAGUACCACCCUGAUGGACCAGCAACAGCAACUCCUGGCUGCUGCAGCUGCUGCCUCACACAAUAAUGUACAUGUGUCAGAGGCAGGACCCAUGUCCCACCACUUACCUACGCCUACUGCCAAUCAUGACCUCACCGGUGGCAACAGUGACCCCACACCUAAAAAGAAGCCACGGAAAUCUAGCAUGCCAGUGAAGAUCGAGAAGGAAGUUAUUGACGUGGCUGAUGAAUAUGAGGACAAAGAUGAGGACGAUGACGAUAACAUCCACCAAAACCACCAUCACCCAUCGUCUGUUCUUCACAAUAGCUUAAAAAUGAAUGGAAAUUGCAACAUCAACAUUAGUGGCAAUGGUAACGGGACCCACAGUGGUGGCAGUGGGCAUCAGUCACCUUCUCAUGAUGAGAUGAGCCCCGUCUUAGGUUUAAGAGGAAUACUGAGACAGAGUGAAGAUAAAUGCCGAGACGGUACUGGUAGUGACAGCAGGGGCGCAAAUGAUCUCCGAGGUUCAAGUGAAUUGCGCUGCAUGGACAGCUUCACCUCGGAAGAUCAGGACCAUGAGAGAGACUUUGAAAAUGAAUCUGAAGCCUCUGAGUCCAAGAUGUUCUAUCGUGAUGAGCUCAUGGAUGUGGAGGAGCAGCAGAAACACAACAAAGGUGGGAGGCGUUUGGACAAAGAUCAUGAUGAUGAGAGCAUCGACGAAGCCCACUUGAGAAAAGAAAUGGAAGCCAAAGGUCACUCGUCACCUUCGCUUCAUCAGCCAUCUAUAAGGAUCAAAGAAGAACUCAGUGAUCCUACCUACGACAUGUUCUGCAUGGGCCAGUAUGGCAUUUACAACGGAGGUAUGGCCGCCGCUGCUGCCGCCGCCGCGAGUAUGGCUGCACUGCACGAGAACUUCAUCACGUCUAUGGGAUACGGCUCCAGUCCUCCCAAAUUCCCAACUUCCCAUUCACCGGAGGGAGAUCCAUGUUCAAGUCCUGACCCCAAGAUCUGCUAUGUGUGUAAGAAGAGUUUCAAGAGCUCCUAUAGCAUGAAACUGCACUACAAGAAUGUACAUCUCAAAGAAAUGCAUGUGUGCACUGUGGCUGGCUGCAAUGCUGCUUUCCCUUCACGGCGGAGCAGAGAUAGGCACAGCUCCAACAUAAACCUGCACCGCAAACUGCUGACCAAAGAGCUGGAUGACAUUGUCCUGGACCCCCGACUAACGCCACUGCCCAGGGACCUGCGAGCCGAGUUAUUGGCUAAGAUCUACACUGGGCACCAUAUGGGCUUGGACGCUAUGACUGCGAUGGCCUUUGGAGGUGCCGGCCUUGGGUCAGUCAACUUUAACCACGCCCGUUUCCCAAUGAGCAACGAGUAUCCCCAAAAUCAUGUCAUCCAAGAACUGAACCAUCAGCACACGAACGGUAUGUACCAAGGCCAGCCUGAUGACUACAUGGUGCUGGACCUGAGCACCACGUCUAGUGUUCAGUCCAACAGCAGUGUCCACUCCUCACAAGAGUCAGACGAGGGAAGCGACGAAGGCAUCCUACUGGAUGAUCUGGAGGAAGAGGAUGGGGAAGUGGAUGAGGAGGAGGAGGGCAUCAGUGAGGGAAAAGACUGCAGCCAGCUUCCCAAUGGGCGACACAAACCAGGGCACCAAGUUGACAAUGGAGAACUAGGAGAAAGGAGACAUGGUGAGUGCUUCGAACCUCCGUCCUCACCAUUCAACCUUUCUUCUAGUGGGGGCAGCAACUGUGGCGGUGGUGGGAUCCUCUGCAACAUCUGCCACAAAAUGUACAGCAACAAAGGGACUCUGCGUGUGCACUACAAGACUGUGCACCUGCGGCAGAUGCACAAGUGCAAAAUUCCUGGUUGCCACAUGGUGUUCAGCUCUGUGCGCAGUCGCAACCGACACUCUCAAAACCCCAACCUCCACAAAAACAUGCCCUUCUCCACAAUAAUAGACUAAACAAGGACUUCCUACUCUCACCUCCUGUCAGUGUGCCCACUCCUCCCUCAUCCUGAUUCUUCCUCAAAUUAGCUUUUAACAUCAGCCCAGGGCUAUCAAACACAGGCCGAGUGCUGGUGUUCCUCCUGCCUAUCGUCUGUAAAGCAAAGCAAAACAUGUAUGUCCCUCUAAAAAAAAUGACAAUGAGUGCAGUUUCUGGAUGUGACCUUGGACUUCUUCAUCAGGUAUGGAGCGUGCUUUGUUAAAAAACAAAAAGGAAAAAAAAAAAACAAAAAAAAAAAAAAACGACACUUUUUCAUAACCCCUACAUUGUUUCUUUGAAACUGUUCCCAACUCGGCUUUUGUGUCAGUUUCCAAAGAAUUCAUUCAAACUCUUAUUUGUGACUUUGCCUGCAGAAAUAAUAGUACUGAAAAAAAAAAAAAGAAAACUCCUUGUUGUAUUUGUGUAAUGAAACCUUUCAAACGAACCCCUCACAAAAGCAUGACCGCUUCAUCUGUAAAUAAUGUCCCGAGAUGCUUUUGGUGAAAAAGACUUGUGUUGAUGGUUGUUUGCUUUUUCCUCAAUUCUUAUGGUUUUAUGUUACAGCCCAGUACAAUAUUUCCAGCUAUUGGCAAGAAAAAGGUAGCAUCGUACUAGCUUAAUUAAAUUAUGUUAGCUUUAAAAACAUGUUUUUACCGAGUCCAAGAAAAAAAAAAGAGUUUCACGUGACUUGCUUUAUUUACUUGUUAGGUAUUCAGAGGUUCAGCAUUCCAAGACACUGAUAUCAUUCUCUGUGGUUUUUUUUUUUUUUUUGGCCUGUUUUUUUCUUUCUUUCUUUCUUUCUUUCUUUUCGAGCUUCGGUAUACUAAUUUAGUUUUUUGCACUUUGCGUCUAUACAUGGGGAUGUGUAAUAUUAUUAUAGUGAGGACAUUUGCAAUGAUGACUUUGGGCGUUGUUUGCCGUCAGUGUUGGCUACAGUGCCGAGGGACUUGACGAUACCUUUAACAUACUUGUACCAGUUCAGUUUUUGCACAUACUCAAUAUAAUUUUACAACAUCCACCUGAGACACCCCUCCCCCAUCACUGCAAGUCUAUUUAAAAAGUGUCUGCUCAAAACCUAAUUGGGUUGUGACUAAGUACAAACUGCUGUUGAACAAACACAAAUCGACUGAGAAAUAAUUAAAACAGAAAAUUUCUCUUUUUAAUGAUUACCGGGAAACACGUGUGUGUUGUUAUAUGACCUCACAGCAAACACUUCAGCAGUUGAGCAAAAUAAUCUGUGUAAAGCAUGACAUCAUCGUAAAGGUAAGAGAAGCGACAACUUAAACCCGCUCCCUCCAAAGUCUUGUAAAUUUGACAAGUAGAUAAAAAAAGAUGGAAUAGUCCUUUAACUGUGACCAAAACACAAGUGUUUGCUUUUGUAUACGAUUUUUCAUUGUGACGUUUAACUUAAUCCAAGCCCCUCCAGAUAAAUAUGAUGCACUUGAGUCUUAAAUCUUUUGCUGUGAUAUUUUUGGUAUCGGAUUCCAUUGCUGACUGUUGACUAGAAAUGUAACUUGAUAAAAAUGUCACCAUUUUCCUGGCUGUCAGCUGCAGCCCUUCCACAUGUCCAUGACUGUCUUGCGGUACUGAUAUUCCCAGUAAUUUGGCAAAGAAGCCUGGGGAAGGGGUAUUUAUUAGUGGGUUAUGUAUCUCCACAAAAAUGUUCCUGUUCCAAUAUGAAAAUAUUUUUUGUAAAAAGACAAAAAAUAUAAAUUGUUCCUCCGUCUAAUCUGUUUAUCAGUGUAUUACAAAUGCCUUGUGUUUCAAUGAG